UUUUUUUUUUUUUUUUUUUUUGCCUUUCUACUAUCCAUCCAUUCUAUUCUCGUGUCUUGAACCUCCUACUGGGAUGUCCCGUCCCUGAAUAAUACUUAUUCCCUUAAAAGUCUUAUACCGGCCAUUACUCUCCUUCAUUUCCCUUCACUGACGCGCUUUGACCGGGACUUGCACAAACUUGUACUAUACUUUACACAUACCUUCUCCAGGCGACUACCUUGUCAUACUCCCGUGUUAGGACCGAUUGCUAUUCACGACGUUGACAUCAACCACUUGUUUCACCGUCCUGCAACUCAAUUCGGGUGGCGACUUGCACUUUAAAAAGGAACCAUUUUCCUGGCAAAAGAAGCGCCCUGCUAGCCCACCAUGUUAUCCACAGAAGAGCCUGCCCGCCGUCCCCAUAUCAUGGCUUCAGUCGGCGCCAGAUCGCUCAACAGACGUGCCCACCACCUACCUCCAAAGAUCCCCAUAGCAUAUCCCCUAGAUCCAUACGCCACCAUGCAGCAUAUCUGGAUCCUCACCGGGCCAGCCGGCUCGGGGAAGACGACAGUUGCCAGGGGAUUAGCAAAGGAGUUUGGUCUUCCAUACAUAGAAGGAGAUGAUUACCAUUCCACGUCCAACAAAGACAAGAUGGCCAACAACGUUCCCUUGACCGACGCCGAUCGGUGGGACUGGCUUAUCCAGCUCCGCGAAGCCGCGAUCAGCAGCCUGGAGUCGAAAAACUCCCCCGCAGGCGUCAUCGUCACCUGCUCAGCCCUAAAGCACAAGUAUCGUGACGUCAUCCGCGUUGCUGCGUACGACCACCCGUCUGUCAGAAUCCAUUUCAUCUACCUGCGCGCCGACGAGCAGAUCCUCCUACAACGGGUCAAGCAACGGAAGGGCCAUUACAUGAAGUCGGACAUGGUCCAGUCGCAGCUAGAGAACCUGGAAGAGCCGGAUUCGGAGUGGGAUGCGAUCUCCGUUGAUUGCGCCGCGAGUCUGCCGGAGGUGCAGAGGCGCGUGAACGUAGCGGUGCAGAACAAGCUGGACGAGUACAAAUGAGUUUCGUUUUGGCGACGGGCUGCUGUUGUUCUUUUUCUCCCUCGUUCUCUUUUGGAUUGGGAGAAUAACAAUAGGCACUGUUCGCGUGCGGCUCCCACGAGUAGAGUUCCCUUUUUCUUUUUCUUUUUUUUCUUUUGAGACCCAUUGACACCUUUUUUCUGGCAGUUAACUCCCCGUGCUGUGUCCGAUAUGUGUCACCUAUGAUCUUGUGCCACCUCUACGAAGUUCUCAUUUCCCGGAAUUCUUCAACAAGUCGGCUUCUCAAGGAUCGAAUCGCGGAGUACCCGAUUGUGGGUCUGCUGUUUCUCUUUAUUUCCAUUUUAUUUUUAUUUUCUUUCUAUCGAGCGAUUCCCCGGUUAAGCGAUAGGCGCAUUAGGAGUUAGAAAGGAGGGUAUUCCUGGGAACCCCAUGUGCGUUUUCCUUUGUUUACGCGAUAUAUCAAUUGUAAUUGGUUUCGAUUCUUUGUUA